AUGGACGUAACACAUCCAGAUGGAAAGGUUGAUGCAGUUUCGGAAGUAUCAAAGACGCUUGAUCGAUUCAAUAAUGCAACCCUUGCAACGUAUUCUCGACCUGCAGUUCUUUUAACAAGAGGAAAAGGUUUGGAUUUGUUUGCUAAGAUUGAUGAAAAAGAUGCAACUUCAUCUACUUCAUCGCAAGAAGGAGUGGCUGAAAGACAAUACUUGGACUUCUCUUCGGGUAUUGCUGUCAAUAGUCUUGGACAUGCUGAUGGACAGAUAGCCGAUAUCGCAUACGAGCAAGCAAAUAGACUCGUACAUAGCAGUAAUCUCUUUCACAACGAAUGGAGCGGUGAACUAGCUGAUAGGAUGGUCUCGCUCACGUUUGAGCAUGGAGGUUUAGGUGUGGAGAAAGGAACAAAGAACGACAAUUCAUUAAAGGUUUUCUUGGCAAAUAGCGGUACAGAAGCCAAUGAGGCAGCAUUGAAAUUUGCAAGGAAGUAUGCAAUGAACACAGCAAAGACUGGACCAGGAGAGAAAUCGGGUCUUGUCUCGUUCAAUAAUGCUUUUCAUGGUCGUACUAUGGGUGCUCUGUCAAUGACGCCAAAUCCAAAAUAUCAAGCUCCUUUUGCACCUUUGAUCGGGAAUGUCAAAACAGGAACAUACAAUUCGAUAGAAGACAUCAACACCUUAAUUGACGACAAGACAGCCGGUGUGCUCGUGGAACCUGUUCAAGGAGAAGGCGGUAUCUUCCCUGCUUCACUAGAAUUCUUGCGAGCAUUGCGUCGCAGAUGUGAUGAAGUAGGAGCUUUGCUGAUGUUUGACGAGAUACAGUGCGGUCUAAUGAGAACGGGAACACUAUGGUGUCAUAGCGCAUUGCCAACAGAUGCACAUCCCGAUCUCGUGACAAUGGCUAAACCCCUUGCGAAUGGUUUUCCUAUUGGUGCUGUUCUGAUGAGGCAAAAGGUAGCAGAUGCAAUAACGGUGGGCGACCACGGAACAACGUUCGGCGGUGGCCCACUUACUAGUCGCAUUGCACAUCACGUUCUAGGAAGAUUAACCGAGCCAACGUUAUUGAACGGAUUACAAGAAUCAUCCCAACUACUCUUUAACCGUUUAACGCAGAUGCGUCAACAUUUCCCUGAUUUGAUCGCACAUGAUGAAUCUUCCGGCAAACACAGUCCAAGAGGCAAGGGGCUACUUGUGGGAAUGAGUUUGAAGGAGCCAAGCCAUGCGGGUAGAGUACUCAAACUUGCAAGAGAAAGAGGAUUGAUCAUCUUGAGCGCGGGAUCUGAUGCGCUUCGUUUCACACCAAGUUUGAUCGUUAACUCCGAACAGGUAAACAAGGCAUGUGACAUUGUCGAAAGUUGUCUGCUUGUUCUGCAAAGGGAAGUUGCAGAAGGCAAAUGA